AUGAGAGCAAGUAGUGCUACUCUUCUCUUCUCCUUUCUUCUUUUUUCAUCACUGUUGCAUAGACCCACCUUUGCCACUAAAAGGUCAUAUGUCAUCUAUCUGGGCCUUCAUUCCCAUAGUUCUCAAGUUUCAACCACUGAUUUCAAUCGAGUUACAGACUCCCACUACGAAUUUCUUGGCUCCUGUUUGGGAAGUAAAGAUAAGGCCAAAGAUGCAAUCUUUUACUCAUACACAAGGCAUAUCAAUGGUUUUGCUGCCAUUCUUGAAGAUGAGGAAGCUGCCCAGAUAGCCAGGCAUUCCAAGGUAGUCUCAGUGUUCUUGAACAGAGGUAGAAAAUUACAUACAACCAGAUCAUGGGAUUUUAUGGGUCUUGAAGAUAAUGGUGUAAUUCCUUCUGGUUCGAUCUGGAAUAAGGCAAGAUUUGGUGAAAAUACAAUCAUAGGAAACCUUGACACAGGUGUUUGGCCAGAGUCAAAGAGCUUUAGUGAUGAAGGAAUGGGACCAAUUCCAUCAAAAUGGAAAGGAGUCUGUCAAAAUGGUGCAGAUGCUAGCUUCCACUGUAAUCGGAAGCUGAUAGGAGCAAGAUACUUCAACAAAGGUUAUGCUUCUGUUGUUGGACCUCUCAACUCCUCUUUUCAUUCACCACGCGAUCAUGAAGGCCAUGGGUCCCACACCUUAUCAACGGCCGGUGGUAACUUUGUAUCAGAUGCCAGUGUCUUUGGGUAUGGGAAUGGAACAGCUAAAGGCGGAUCACCACAUGCCCGGGUUGUUGCUUAUAAAGUUUGCUUCCCCCCUGUGAAUGGAAAUGAGUGUUUUGAUGCAGAUAUAUUGGCAGCAUUUGAUAUGGCCAUUCAAGAUGGAGUAGAUGUGUUGUCUGUAUCUCUUGGUGGGGAUGCUGUUCCCUUUUUCAACGAUAGUGUUGCCAUUGGCUCUUUUCAUGCCGUUAAGCAGGGUAUAGUCGUGGUUUGUUCGGCUGGAAAUUCUGGACCCGAUGAUGGCACCGUGUCCAACGUUGCAGCCUGGCAAAUCACAGUUGGAGCUAGCACCAUGGACCGCCAGUUCCCUAGUUAUGCUGUUCUUGGCAAUAAGAUGCGUUUCCAGGGUGAAAGUCUUUCGGCAAAAGCAUUGCCAAGAAACAAGUUCUUUCCGAUAAUAAGCUCUCUCGAAGCCAAAGCAGCCAAGGCACAAGCCAAAGACGCGCAGCUUUGUAAGGCUGGAUCACUGGAUCCCAAUAAGGCCAAAGGGAAAAUAUUGGUUUGUCUUCGGGGAGAAAACGCAAGGGUUGACAAAGGCCAAGAAGCUGCUUUGGCUGGUGCUGUUGGAAUGGUUCUUGCCAACAAUGAUCUUUCCGGCAAUGAGAUUAUUGCAGACCCUCAUGUCUUCCCUGCUACACACAUAACUUACACCGAUGGUCUUGCUGUCUAUCGAUAUCUCAAUUCAACCAAGACUCCAAUGGCGUACAUCACGCAUCCAUCAACUCAAUUAGAGACAAAGCCAGCUCCAUUCAUGGCAGCUUUCUCAUCCAAGGGACCUAACAUCAUCACCCCGGAGAUUCUUAAGCCCGAUAUAACUGCACCCGGUGUGAGUAUAAUAGCUGCUUACACAGAAUCACAAGGACCAACGAAUCAAGAUUUUGAUACGCGAAGAGUUCAAUAUAAUUGUGUAUCCGGCACUUCCAUGUCAUGCCCUCAUGUUGCCGGUAUUGUUGGGCUACUGAAAACCCUGCAUCCCAAUUGGAGUCCAGCAGCAAUUAGAUCCGCCAUCAUGACCACAGCAAGAACACGCGACAAUGCAGUAGAACCAAUUACAAAUGCAUCCCACACGAAAGCAACACCUUUUAGCUAUGGAGCAGGGCACGUGCAGCCAAACCGAGCCAUGGACCCUGGUCUGGUUUAUGAUCUGACCACUAACAGUUACCUGGACCUCAUGUGUGCACUCGGCUACACCAAGUCUCAAAUCGAGAAGUUCUCAGAAACACCCUAUUCAUGCCCAUCCAAGAACAUUAGUCUCACAGACUUCAACUAUCCAUCAAUCACCGUGCCUAACCUCAAUGGCUCGAUCACAGUGACUAGAACCGUUAGGAAUGUGGGUUCGCCGGCCACUUACAAGGUCCGAGUCUUUAAGCCGGCUGGCAUAUCUGUCCAGGUUCAGCCAAAGAAGUUGAAGUUUAAAAAGAGUGGUGAAGAGAAAAGGUUCAAGGUUAGUUUGAAGUCCAAGAAGGGCAGGGGUGGUGGGCAAUAUGUUUUUGGUCAACUAGUAUGGUCAGAUGGAAAGCAUUAUGUGAGGAGUUCCAUUGUGGUUAAGACCAUAUGAUUUGAGUGGACAAAGAUAUGUCUCUAU